GAAAGAACUGACACUUGGAUGGCUGUUCUCAUGCCAUGACACCAUGGACUCCGAUCCAGCUUUUGUGAAGGAGAUCGACGCACGUGCAGCCCGCGGCGAUGCGGCCUGUCAAAGUGCCUCAAGAUGUUUGCAGGCAAUGCGUUCAGUCAUUGUCAGUAGCAAGUGCUCAAACAGUGGACCGGCCUAUUUUGCUGCAGUGGUCUCAACCCUGCAGAAGCAGUUGACCCAGAAGGGCGCCUUGGAAAGUCAGGAGGAGACUUGCUCCGCCUUGCUGCUAAUUCUGCGUCGUGCCCAGCCACACCUGCCGCCAAGCUUGGUGGCGGGACGUCUGAAUGACAUUGUGACGGCCUUGACGCCCGUGUUUCGGUCAUCAUGUAGCGAGACAAUUGCGCGGCAGGCACUGCAAUGCUUGGGUUGCUGCGCAGAGGCUGCUCAUGCGGCUGACGCGCGGCCCAACCGAAAGGUGCUGAAGCCCAUCUUCAGCCACUUGUCGGAUCCCAGAAGCGCGGUGCGCCGCCAGGCGGAGUUCUCCGCAAUAGCCAUUCUGCGGAAAGCGCAGGAGGACCAGCAGACCAUUGAGUUUGCAGUGCAGCAAUUGACACAGAUGCUGCAAACGGCAUCCCGGUCUGACAAGAAGGCAGAGGAGAUUCCUGCGCAGCGUGCGGUGUCGCUCCUGCGUGCUGUCUCGCAGUUAAUCCCCGAUCAGCAGCUGGGCGACAUCUUUGUUGCUCUCACCAGGCUUCCUGCCUUGCUGGGGCAGCACCCAUGCUGCACUGCGGCCUUUGAGUUCGCGGCCGAGCAUUUCACCCCAGAGGAGAAGUGGGAUGAGGAUGACGAUGAGGACAUGAAAGCAGAAGCUCAGCCCAAUCGAACGGAGCUGGCAGGCCGCUUUCUACCAGGAAUGGUUGAGGUGCCUCUCUCCAUGCUGAACGUUGCGUAUGUCUCGGCCUUCGCCAAAGCGAUGGCCGCGGCAGUUGCACAACUUUGUGGCAAGGAGGCCACGCCCUUGAAGCUUGCUGCAACGAAGAAGAUCUUGUCACUCUUUGCAGAGCAAGACCCUGGACUGCUGCGUGCGGCCAAGGAGGCAUGCUCCAGCAUUUUCACUGCUGCUGGGGACGGAGAAGAUGAUCAGCUUCUGCAGGACCUUCUAGAAGCACUUCGACCACUGCUGCGCUUUGAAACCAAAGGCUCUUGGACCUUCGCGCUGCCAGCUGUGGGAGCUCUAUUCGAUGCAUUGGGCAGCCGACGCUCAAGACUAGACGUGACCAAUCUUCAGCAGUGGGAUGCGGCCACUUUCCAGCGCGCAAAGCCGUUGAUUUGCGAGCUGAUAGAGGUGCGCGACAAGUCCAGGUCGGGGGAGCUGAAUGUGUAUGGCAAGGAGCUUCAAGAGGCGAUCGCCUCUGUGAUCAAGACCUUCGGCCCUCAGCAGGUUCUUCGAAGCAUGCCAUUGGAGAUUCUACAGCAUCCCUUGACUGAUGGUGCUUAUGAGCAGAAGUCUCGCUCGUGGAUGCUGCUAGCUCUCAAGGACUCGUGCCAGCAAACAGCACUUCAAGACUUUAGCAACUAUUUUAUCCCUUUGGCCAGUGCACUCAAGGCCAAGGCCAGCGAGGCGGCCCAAAAGGAUGCUCCGGUCCUGGAAAAGAAGUACUUGACUCUCUUGGAGCAGGUGUGGGCUUUGCUACCUGGUUUUUGCACUGAGCCGCUUGACAUGCAGAGCGCUUUGCUGGCAAACGGGGGCCAGUUGGCGAAGCAGCUUGUGGCGGUCUUGCAAAAUGAUAGCACUUUACGAGACUACAUUUGGGCCGCCUUUAAGCGAUUGUGCGACGCCACCCUGGAGCCCAGCUGCAGGCUUUCCGAGACAUUGCAGGAGUCCAACCAGGCCUGCCUCCGAACGCUCUCCGGGCGCGUUUUGCCUGAAAUGCUCAACGUUUACAUCAAGAUGCACACUGAAAUGGAGGGGCAGGACCCAUCGAGAGUCAGCUUCAGCCGGCAACAGGCAUUGGGGGCCAUUGCCAGCUAUGCCCAGUUGGCAGAAGCCAACUACGUAGGGUCCAUCUUCAAGUCCCUUGUAGCGAAGUGGCUCAAGGCCACCACUGGAGAGGAGACCGGCGGAAGUGAUGUGCCGGCCUUGGGCGACCUCGCGACGGCCUUGAUCCCCUACCUGGGCACCGAGCAUUUGGAGUUGGUCAUUCGCGUCUUUGCGCCAGCAUUGAAGGGCGCAAGUGAGGAUAAGGCCAUGGCCAGUGCGCAAAAAGCGGGCUAUCGGGCCAUCGCAGCAGUCAUGCGACAUCAAGGUGCUGCUUCGAAGUGGCAAGUUGCCGAGGUCACCUCGCUGUGGUCCACAUUGAAGGAGGCCAGGCAGACCUGCACGGCGCUGAAAGCCCGGUUGUUAUGCCUGCAGGCAUUGCUGUCCCUUCUUGAAUCAAGCUUGGGACCUCGAUGCACAGAGGCCAAGGUGAGAGAGGAGUAUUUGCAAUGUCUGACGACGAUCAUCCCUGAAGUGCUCUUUCACUUGCGUGACCAGAGCACUGCUGUUCGGGAGGCAGCCCGAGAGUCUUUGCACUUGGCAGCCACCACUGCGAUACAUCAGGACUUACAGGCUGAGAUCGUCACCUUGGUCUCUGCUGGCCUGGCGGGCUUGAGCCGCCAUGCGAAGGCGGCCGCCUUGGAUGCGCUUAGCCGCUUGCUCUACGAACACCAUAGCAAGAUGGCACCCGAUUUGCGGAGCCGUCUCAUCAAUGUGGUGCUUCUGUUGCUGGAAGAUCGUGAUGCGCAGGUUUGGCGCGCAGUGUUGAAGUUCACGAAAGUGGUGGUCUUCGUCGUUCCAAAGGAAGGGCUGCUUGACCUCCUGCCCAAGAUCUUGAGGUUGUUUGAAAGCCGGCACCUGGCAUCUGCCAAGAUGUUGGUCCGAAGCAUUGUGGAGCGGCUGGUGAAGAUCCUACCAGAAGAAGUUCUGGAGGAGUCCUUUCCCAAGGCACACCAGCCACUGCUGCGCCAUGUGCAGAAACAGCUUGCAAGGAAAGGCCGCCCCAAGACGGUGCGCGAAAAGGUCUAUGAGGCCGAUGACUGGGACGACGCCGAGGCUCCAGACGGUCGCCAGGCCAAAGCGCGCAACAAGAAAGCGCCCGAAGCCGAGACCUGGGACAGCUUCAAGGCCGGUGACGAGGCAGAGGCUGACUUGGCCGACGCGGAUGGUGAUGCCAAAAUGGCUCCGGAGGGCGGUGAGAAGGCCAAGAAACGCGGCAGAGGAGGUGACAAGAAUGAGCCCCCGACAGAGUCCGUGAUGGCACACAAUGCCGUACAGGCACUGUUGGAUGCUUGGGAGGCCGAAUCCGACGAAGAGGAUCACCAGGGCCGUGGCAGGGGCAAGCAAGGCAAGCGGAAGCGCACUGAGGUUGCAGCGUCCACCUGGAUCCAAGAAGAUGGAGAUGUGCCCAUUGAUUUCAUGUCCGCCGAUGCAGCCCAUUCAGUGCUCACUGUGCGGGCACCUCCCUCGAAGAGGAUCAGGGGCACGCAGGUGGGCUCGGCAGGAGCUGAGAAUCAGGUGGACGCCUUGCGCCGCAACGGUCUCCGCUUCGCGGUGGACGGGCGUUUGGUGGUGGAUGAGACAGCGGAGGUGAAGGAGGAUCAGCCCCAGGCCUUCAGCCACGGUGCCGAAAAGCCUAAAGCGCUUUCACAACUUGCAUCUCAGAGGAAAGCUCGUGCAGAGGCGCGGGCGAAAGCAAAGGCAGCAAGGAAGGGUGUGCAUUUGAUCAAGGGCUUGGAUACCUACAAGCCUGGAAGGAAGAAGGCGCAAGGUGAUGCCAAGCGGAAGGGAUCCAAGCUGGAACCUUUCGCGUACGUGCGCCUGAACCCCAAGGUGACCAAAGAAAAGUUCAAGACCAAAGCCACCGAAACCUUUGCCCGAGUGGUUCAAGGUGCCAAGAAAGGUGUGGUGAAGGGCAUGAAGGCGCGGGCCCGUGAACAGAAGUUGAAGAACGCCAGAGAGGCCAAGAAGAAGAAGCAGGCCCGCUCCAAAGUCCGGCGAGUGGGCUUGCGCUAGGCGACGCUAGGCAAAGUGAGAGCGUGUCUCGGCAGCGACGGCAUGAAGCAUGACAGUUAUGUG